GGACCCUGGGCGCGCGCUCCCUACCCAGCAGGCCUCGCGCGGCCCGGCACAGCGGACACCUAGGACUCCAAGAUGGCGUCAGUCGUACCAUUGAAGGAGAAGAAACUCAUGGAAGUCAAAAUAGGGGAGCUGCCAAGCUGGAUACUGAUGCGGGAUUUCACCCCUAAAGGCAUUGCUGGAGCGUUUCAAAGAGGUUACUACAGGUAUUACAAUAAGUAUAUCAACGUGAAGAAAGGGAGCGUCGCUGGGAUUUCUAUGGUGCUGGCAGCUUAUGUGCUUUUCAACUAUUGCCGUUCUUACAAGGAACUCAAACACGAGCGGCUCCGCAAGUACCACUGAAGAGGGCCGUAUGGAGGCGCACUCUGCAUUCCUGACCAUGACCUUUGCCUGGCACCCUGGAACCCUUUCAUGUCCUGAGAACCCAAUAAAAGAUGACUGGUAUACAGACUC